AUGGCGCUGUUGUUUUUCCUACUUGGCACCACACAUAAUGAUGAUCAUGACUCGCAUCAAUCCAUCGGAACUGAAACUAUUUGGAAUGCAGAGGCUCUAUACGGGCACCCUCAACUGACCACUACAUUCAUUUUCACAUCAGAUGGAACUCCAGGAUACAGACCCACGCAAUACAGAGCAUACCUCGUCGAUCCUAGGUUCCCAAAACAUGCAGAUGCACAAGCAGCUGUAUGCCUCCAAGCAUUGUCUCACGGUGCUGGAGAAUACAUGUGCGCGAGAGGAAAGGCUGUCGAGGCAAGAGUCAUGAUUCGGAGCUGGGGGUACAGGGGUAUGGGUUGA